ACAGUGGGUUCAUGAAAAAAAAAUUGGCAAGUUGCUUUGGCAACUUGAAUUCCUCCAUUCACUUUGGCAUCAACAUUUUUUUUAUUCAGUUAAACACAGCUCAUUCGUAUGAAAACAUCCAUGCUUAUCGAUCAAAUUAUCAUCAACAAUGGAACGAAUUCGAGCGGCUAAAAAAAUGACCAAAAAUGUGGACAUAACCAAAAUUCGAAAUGUAACCUAUGGGGCCAUUUUUACAUUUUUAACAAUGUUUUGCAAUACAAUUGCAUUUUCAACACCGAAUUGGUUAGCAGCCGAUGGCCGUCAACCAAUUAAACGUUUUAAUAAACUUGGUCUUUGGGAAGCUUGUUUUCAUCAAUUUCGUGAUCCAUACUAUCUAUUCGAACGUGAAUUUCGUGGCUGUAAAUGGAUAUUCGAUGAAGAUUUUGCAUUUAUGAUUGAUUUUCUUGAACCAGAUGCAAGAAUUGUUGCUAUUGCUGCAACAACCGUAACGGCCAUUUCCGUUUUCAUCGCUUUUUUUAGCCAAUAUUGGCUUGCCUCUGAACGACGAUUAUAUGGCGCAAAAUUCGUACGUCUUGGUCUUUGGGUUACCUGUUUUCGUAGCUUUGUUAGUCCAGAAGAUUAUGAAAUGAAUAAAUAUUAUGCCGGUUGUCGUUGGAUUUUCGCUGAAGAAUAUCAAAAUAUUAAACAUAUUCUUAUGCCGGGAUUCUUUAUCGCUACCCAAGCAUUGUAUACAAUUGGAUUUGUUUUCUUGCUCAUUGCCUGUAUCUGUGUUCUUGCCAUACAAUUAUGUUUUGUAAUUGAAAAAGAAAUUCUUGCUAUGAAAUUUUUAUCAUCGGUCAUGUUUUUCUCUGCCUUAUUUACAACAUUGGCGGUCAUUAUAUUUGGUAUACGUGGUGAUGAUCGUGAUUGGAUGCCUGAUCAUGAACAUAAUUUUCUUUCGUGGUCUUUUGGUUUUGCCGUUGUUGGUGCAUUCUUUUCCUGGAUGGCAUCGGCAUUAUUCUGGGCUGAAAGUCGUAUUCUUUUCAAAAAAGAAUUGAAAAAGCGACAAGAAAUAUACAACAUGGAAGGAAAUAAACAUUCUCUUCAACAUCAACAACAACAACAACAACAUCGAUGAUAACAAAUGUUCCAGAAGAAAAAAAACAAAGCAAAACACCUAAAGACAUCAUACACUAUAUUUAUCAAUUAUUCAUUAUUUCGAUUCCUGUAAAUAUAACAUUUUCAUUUAUCCAUUUUCGAAAAUUAUUAUUUAUAAUUUUUCAACUAACUUUUAUAUCUGAAAUUAAAUGACUGAAAAAAAUCG